UGAAGAUGCCUCGUCUGUCAACGCGAUCUAGGCGGGUGCCAGCGCAUCCCUAUGCUGAACUCACCACGUUAAAACAUGCAGAUGUACCUCAAGGUGAGGAUGGUGGAGAUAGUGCUCAAGGUGUUGAUAUUAGGACAGAGCCAAAUUUAGAAAACACAAGGGCUUCUCUUGGAGUCUUUUCAAGUGAUGGGCUGAGUGGACAUACACGUGCAGAGACACGUGCUUUACAGCAAGCGUUGCGUGCGUCUCGAGACCAGACACGAGAGUCACACGAAAGUAGUGCUCAGGAAGCUGCGCUAAAAAAAGAACAAAGUGCAGGUACCGACAGCAGCACUGUAGCUCCGAGAAAGAGGAAAGGUAGUGGGCCGAGAGCAACGCUAAAAAUAGAACAAGCCACGGCGAUCCAAGAUACCGGUUUAACAGCACAGGAUAACGGUACGAGACAGACUAAUAGAAGAGCGCACACACGCAAGGCGGGUGGGUCGGGUGCCGAUACAGACAACGGUAGUGAGGUAGCUAACAACAGUGAACAUGCUGGUAGUAGUGUACACUCUCGUGCGAGGUCUGUACCUAUUGCUGGUGUGAAUAGUACCGUUACAACCUUGAUUGAGGGUACGUUGGAUGGGAGUCCCAGGCGCACUCGGGGCGCCACACGCUUGCGUGUGUCUACCACGGAUACAGACACACAUACAACACGCACUAAGCGUACUAAACAGGAACAUGCUGUGACAGGCACACCCGGGAGUGGGUUAGUUAUAAAGGAGAAGGCGAGAGCAAACACCCAGAGGCGAAGGAGUAGUAUAGCAAAGACAGAGGUCACUACUGCAGGUGUGACUACGGUAGUGAUUGGCGAUGAACACGCAAAUGGGCGUCUUACACGCACACGAAAGCCAACGACGAUCGAGAGCAGUGUGGUGGUGAUGAAGGAGGCGUCACGCAGGAAGGUAGGUUCGAAGUGUACAUAUCGUCAAAC